CAGUUUGGAGACUUUCUAGUAAAACUGUGGUUUUUCUGGUGUGUGGUUCGUUGCAAAAUGCAUGUUUACUGUUUUUUUCUAUGUGAAAUCCAUAGAGAACUCUGCAACUUGGUGCAGCAGACGUUAACGCUCCGCCGAUUUUUCACUGACGUGUUGUAAUAUUAUCGUUGUAGAACACAUUGUGUAGAUAUACGUAUUUACGUUACAAUUUUUGGCUGUACUUGCAUGACAGUAUAUAUUAUAAGAAUUACUUUACGCUGCUUUUGCAGUCCAGUGGACGAAUGUAAGCGCAUUCAAUCAAUGCAACCGACUCCAUUUUUUGGGCAAGCAAACUGCGCUUAGCUAAUCAAAUUUGUUGCGGCUGCACUUAUCUAUGCCAAACUUGCUACCCCGCGGUCUUAUCUUGGUAACCAGUUUUCUUUCGGCAUGUGCGACAAUCGUUGCCAAGGCAUUACAAGCAAUCUGAAACAUUCGUAGAGAGUCACCUAUUUGAGGUGCAUGAGGAUUUGAAUCGGAAACAAGGUUAGUAAAAGACGUUUGUAAUGACAAAGUCUGGCGUCAGCUCAGUAUGUUCGCAACUGAUGAAGUGUCACGCUGUCCUCGAGCUAUUUGCCAGCAGUUCUCGAGAGAUCAUCAAAACAAUUUCUGAUAUCAUGUCGGAGUUGAAACCAGAACAAACUGUAGCUCGAAUGCGCUUUACCGAGCUUCAACAUCUGUUGGAACGUUGCCAGGAGACAGCUAACACAGCAAAAAAGCAAUUUGGAAAAUUUGCAGGCAUUGCUACCGGUAAGCUAGCACGCGAGGCACGAAAGCAGAUGCGAAAUGGUUCUCUAGAAGGCAAGUUGGUAGAAACACUAGCAGAACACGCUCGUUCAAGACUGAAGGAUAUUAAUGCAACAAAACGGAGGUUUGAUAGUUUAGGUGCAGCAGAAGCUGUGAAUGCAGUAAAAGCAGAAACCGAGUCUUUGGUAAAACAAGCUCAAACAAAGAGCAAUGGAAAGUUUUGUUUACAAGUCGCAGGUGUAGUUGCUGUAGUUGCCUUUGUCGCGGUUGGAGGAAGUUGUAUUGCAGUUGCAGGAUCUAUUUCCACACAGAUAGCGAUUGCAGUUUUUACGGGAAUUCUCACUGUUGGAGGAAUUGCAGUUACUGCUUACUUGUCAGACAAGAUCGACAAUCUUGUUCGACAGCUAGAGAUGUUGGCAAAAAAUUUUGAAGACAUACACGGAAGUUUGAGUAGAGUUUGCACCGACGUUGAUAAACUACUGGAAAAAACCAAAACUGCCGAAGGUGACAUUGAUUUGAUGCGAUCACUGUCAUCUGCUGCACAAAAUCGUUAUGAAAGUUUAGGACGCGAGGAUGUCGUGACGUCGUUUCUGGACGAGUUAGAACAGCUCGCAAAAGAAACUGGUUGCAAUGAAUCUAGCGCUACCAUCAAUAAUGCAGCAGUCCCGAGAAACGAGAAUCCAUCUGUAAUUGUUUGGGCUGUGAUCAUUCUUUUUUUAGCCGUCGUUUGUCUGUGGCUUUUCAAGUGAAUUUGUCCUUUUUGCUAUGCAUGGCUGCAGCAUUUGAACGUUUUACGUGCUAUAUAUGGUUGUGAACUUAUGCCUGCGUUUUGCCGCAUUUGAUUGUGGGACAAGUACCUUAUUGCUUAGACGCUUUUGUAAUACAUGUAUGUGGUUUGUGUAAAAUAUACAUAUAGUC